AUGGCAGGGUUUGGCAACAUCAAUGAGAUGUCAAAAGAUGAAUUAGCUGGAAAGUCAUAUGAAGCUUUAUUAUACUUGAUGAAUAGCAAAAAAAAGAGAAAACCAGAGAAGAAAUCGGAAAGCGAAGAUUUGCCAAAGCAUAAAGAAAAAAAGAAUAAAGUCAUUGAGAAGUUAGAUGAACCGGACACAAACGAAGAGGAAAAUGAAACCAAUGAAGAAAACGAAUUAAUUGAUGCUCUUGUUCGUGAGGAUCUGGAUAAUUUAGAUGAAAAGGAAAACGAGACAUCUCAAGACCCUUUUAAUCGUCACUUUGAUAGUGAGAAUAUGCAGGCCAUUAGCGAAGCAAUUUCUUGUGUAAAGGCUAUGAAUUUGUCUCAAUCGUCUGAGGAAACCAAGCUAGGAAUUUCCCAAAUUUUCACGCCAGAUACAGAAGAGAAAGUUUCAUACAAUUGCAUACCUAAGAGCGAUAACGUUUCUGAUUUGGGUUUAAAGCAACGGAUCUUAGAAGCUUAUAAAUCACAAAAGCCAUCGGGGCAUUUGACGACUAUGCAAAUGGAGAUUGCCAAACACAUGUUCAAUUAUCAAGAUGUGUUUUUUACCAACAUGAACAUUAAAAGCCAUAAACUAAUAAGCUCUUUGUAUGCAUUGCAUGCUCUUAAUCACGUGUUUAAGACAAGAGAUCGUAUUUUAAAGAACAGUGCCAGGUUAUCUCAAAACCCCGAGCUAGAGUUUCGAGAUCAAGGAUACACUCGGCCAAAAGUCUUGGUCCUUUUACCAACAAGAAAUAGUUGUUACGAGUUUAUUAAUACUCUUAUAUCUUACUCAGGAGCUGAUCAGGUGGCUAAUCGUAACCGCUUCGAGGAUGAUUUUUCCAUUGAGAAGGAAGUUAUCUCUGAAAAGAAGCCCGAAGAUUUCCGUUAUUUGUUUGCGGGUAAUACUGAUGAUAUGUUUCGUAUUGGCAUCAAGUUUACCAGAAAAACCGUCAAACUGUUUUCUCAAUUCUACAACUCUGAUAUCAUAGUUGCUAGUCCAUUAGGCUUACGAUUGGCAAUUGGAAAUAAAGGUGAUAAGAAAAGGGAUUUGGAUUUCUUGAGUUCCAUUGAGGUUUCGAUUAUUGAUCAAGCCGAUUCUUUAUACAUGCAAAACUGGGAGCAUAUUGAAGCUAUCUUUGAUGAAAUCAAUAGCUUACCAAAAGAAGCUCAUGAUUGUGACUUUAGCCGUGUACGUCCGUGGUAUUUGGACCAGCAAGCUAAGUACAUGCGACAAACCGUUUUAUUUUCUCAGUACAAUGCUUUGGAUAUUAAUUCUUUUUUUUCGCAUUACAUGUUGAAUGUUGCAGGAAAAAUCAAGUUCCGUACAUUAAACCGUGGAAUUUUGAAUCAAUUAGGUUACAAAAUUAAACAGACGUACGUUCGUGUAUCUAGUGACUCCAUCAUCAAAUUACCGGAUGCUCGCUUCUCCUAUUUUGUCAACUCAGUCUUGCCCCAACUUGUUAAGAGUCCCCAAGGUGGUAUCUUGGUGUAUGUUCCUUCUUAUUUUGAUUUUGUGAGAAUACGAAAUCAUAUGGAUGACGAAGCAAUUAGUUACAGCGCCAUUUCUGAAUACUCUAGUACAUCCGAUCUAACUAGAGCCCGUACUUUAUUCCAACAGGGAAAAACUAAGAUUAUAUUGUAUACUGAGCGUGCUCAUCAUUUCCGUCGCUUUGAUAUCCGUGGAGUAAAGGCUGUUGUUAUGUAUGCUCCUCCAACAAAUCCUCAGUAUUAUGUGGAGCUAGCCAGAAUGCCAAUGCGUUCAAUUACCGAAGGAAAGUUGGAUCAGGACGCUGCAAAGUGUAGAAUCCUAUUUUCAAAAUACGAUUCCAUUAGCCUUGAAGGCAUUGUUGGUUUCCAAAGAGUUCCUAAUAUGUGUCAUGGAAGACAUGAGGUUUUCGAAUUUGUUUAA